UUAACACUCACACCCUUUUCAGUUUAUACCAAACAAAUGAUGUUACAGCCUUCUUUCUUGUGCUUCUCUUUCAUGUUUCUCAUCACACUCCCUCUUGGAAAAAGCUCUACCACCUUGAAUGUACCCAAGGACAUAAUCAAUCAAACAUGCCAAAAAUGUGCCAACCAAUCCAUCAUCUUGAGCUACAACCUAUGCUCCACUUCUCUUCCGGCGGUUCCGGUGAGUCACUCCGCGAAUCUCGAAGGGUUGGCGUUGGUUGCAAUGGAGCUAGCACUAGAGAAUGUGACUAGCACUUUGGCCACCAUAGAGAAGCUAUUAGACAGCACAAGCCUUGAUAACUUUGCGCUGGGGUGCUUGGCAGAUUGCUUGGAGCUGUACUCUGAUGCAGCAUGGACAAUAGUGAAUUCUGUAGGGGUUUUCCUCUCUGGGAACUAUGAUGUAACUAGGAUUUGGAUGAGUUCGGUUAUGGAAGCAGCAUCAACGUGCCAACAAGGUUUUACUGGGAGAGGUGAAGCUUCUCCUUUGACACAGGAGAACUAUAAUCUCUUUCAGUUGUGUGGUAUUGCACUUUGCAUUAUUCAUUUGGCCACACCUGGAGUACCUUCUCAAUUAAUCCACAGAUAAAUUUGCCAGUAUAUGCUGUCUUUCUCAUCAAUAAAGUGAGAGACAUUGUAUUAGUAUCUCAAAAUGGACAAUAUUAGUGAGUGGUGGAAACGUUGUAUCUUAAUAGAGAUGGAAAUUAAGGGAGGAAGACAGAGUAGAGAUGCUAGUGCUAGACAUUAAUAGAUAUAGAAAUUAGAAUGAUCUAUGUUUUCUUUAUUUUAGUUUUUAGUAGAGCGAAAUCUUUUGUAGUAGUGAAAAAGAAAGAAAGGUGUAUUAUUAUAGAUUUCCUGAUCUGAUUAUUUUUCUUUUUAACUUA